AUGCCCGGUUCAAAGGACAGUGUCUCGUCCCGAAAGAUGGCAGGUCGAGAAGCUCAUCGGUCCCGCAAAGGCUGUCCCGAAUGCCGGGCGCGCAAAAUUAAGUGCGAUGAAAACCGACCCCAAUGCAACCGGUGUCUAGAAAGUGGUCGAGCGUGCAGAAUCAUCGACGGCCUCUUCCGACCACAUUGCUUCACCUUCGCCACACCGACCCCGUCUUCCCGUGUCCAAGGGUCCCCAAAGACACGCUCUGCGCGGCCCCAGCCGCCUGAUCAGGAGGAGUCAUCGGAGAUCUGGGGAUCACCGACGCAGUCGCUCCACCUUGAGGGUGAUGACAAUGCAAGCGUUUGUGGAAAUCAUUCCCCGGAUCGAUCACUAGUCUCGCCAAUCCAGUCACGUGGAUCUAUACCAAUUGGGGGACUCCUGGUUCAGACUUCACCUUCCAACACCUUCCCAGAAGCCAUUGGAACGCCGUCUGCCCAGUCUUUGCCCACGGUCAAUUUGCAUACCAGCCCGGUUGCCACUCAAGGUCCUUCAACGGGCAACAGCCAUACGUCAUCUCACACAUCUGCUAUCCCAGCCUGUCUACCAGAGGAAACAAAUCAGGAUCGUGCGGAGGCUGGCUUUUUUCUUCGCCACUUUGCGGAAGGGUCAGGACAAUGGAUGGAUGUCUUUACUCCCCAGCGAUCCUAUUUCAGUCAAUAUGUCGUCCAGCUUGCGGCUCAAAGCCCGCUCGUGCGAUAUUCUGCUUGUGCCAUCGCGGCGAAGCAGUUGGGUCAGAUGAAAGAUUCUACUCACGCGACAGAUAACACGCGUCGAUCGAGCCUUACAGCAUCUGCUCUCCUCCAAUCUGGUCUUGACUUUUUAUGGUACGGGGCAAAAUAUUAUGAGAAGGCAAUUCUGCUCCUUUGCAGCCAAAUAUCCCAUCUACCCAGUUCCUCGACUCAUCUUUCUCCCCGUGAAAUAUAUCAAUCAUCUGGCAGCGACCAGCAUCAGCUCGAUGACUACGAAAGUACGUCGUCUGCCCUGCAAAUUCUUUCGGCCUGCAUUCUCUGUGCAUAUGAGGAUUUGAGCAGCACAAUGCGAGCGUGGAGCGGCCACUUGGAUGGCAUUAACAAGCUGCUCCGGCCCCACCUCAAUCUUCCGAUCACACCCGAUAACUCCUACCGGGUUCCCCAGCCAAUGAGAGCAUUUGAGGCAUCUUUCUGGUUCUUCGCCCUGAAUGAUAUGUUGAAUGGACUGGUCCUCCAUCAACCAUGUCGACUCGACUCAGACGACUUCACACUUUGGCAUAAGAUGGGCCUUCCCCUCGACGGCACCGGGCAAUUGGCGCUGGAGUAUAUCGACGAGCUAUAUCAGGAGACCACAUUUUUCAAGGCGCUGAUUCGACUCUUGUGCAAAUUGGUUAGCCACGAUUGUGGUGCCUCCCCUCACUGGGCUCAUCUCGAUGAGGAAUUUACACAAUGGUACCACGCAUUACCGACGGAGUUCCUGGCCCCAAUCACUCAAACCUUCCCGCCACCUUCAACAGGCAACCCCCAAGAGCUCUCCAUCCCUGAGACCUGGUUCGGGUCAGAGACUUGUGCAAUCGCCAUGGCAUUCUACCACAUGGCCAGGAUUUUGCUACUAGUGAACCAGCCCCAAGAAUUGUUCCUUGCUAUGCAACCCCGCAAACACCGGGAUCUGCUGAGCACCUACAAUGCAUUGCAGCGUGACCUUCACCACCACGCAAUGGAAAUUAUUCCCAUCGCGCAUGGAAUGCCCAACACCGCGGUGCAGAAAUACAUGAUUCAGCCGUUGUACAUCGCUGGACGAUGUCUAUCGAGCUCGGGCGACAGACAAAUCGUCAUUCGAUUGCUGAAGCACAUUGAAAACGACCUUGGCUUGUUUACGGAAUACCGCGUCAAGGACUUGUCUGAAGAAUGGGGUGUUGCGUUCGAGUCGAUACAGGAGAUUUGA